AUGUCGUGUCUCUUGAUCCUCGUAGCCUUCUUCGCGGCCUCUACGUUCGCCGCAGCCUUGCCGCAAUGGAACUGGAGCUGGAACUGGGGCUCGCAGAAGCAGCUGCGGUUCACUCGCGCCGGAACGUUCCAGAUAGCCAUUUUUGAAGACUUGCAUUUUGGGGAGAAUGCCUGGGAUUCGUGGGGUCCGCAGCAGGACAUCAACAGCGUCAAGGUGCUGAACGAAGUUCUCGAUGCCGAGAAUCAGCAGCUGGUCGUCCUCAAUGGUGAUUUGAUCACUGGAGAGAAUGCGUACAAAUUCAACAGCACUGUCUACAUCGACCAAAUUGCUGGGCCGCUCGUGCAGAGAGGACUGCCUUGGGCGUCGACAUACGGAAACCACGACUCCGACUAUAACCUCUCAAGGUCCGACAUCCUCGCUCGGGAGCACCGUUACAGCAACGCCCUCACUACCCAAAUGGUCUUCGGUCGCGAGGCUGGAGUCAGCAACUACUACUUGCUGGUGUAUCCCUCCUACGGCGGCCAAGUUCCAUGCCUAAUCUUGUGGUUCUUCGACAGCAGAGGCGGCUUCUACUACCAGGAGAAGGACGCCGAUGGCAAUCGGGUCGGCCAGCCGGACUGGGUCGACCAGAGUGUCGUCAAUUGGUUCCAGCAGACGAACGCGAGGCUCAGUCGGCAAUACCGCAAGACGAUUCCUUCGCUGGCGUUCGUUCAUAUCCCCACCAAUGCCUCCCAAGCCCUACAGACAGAGGCUGGGGUGGAUCCCAACUACCAGCCCGGUAUCAACGACGACUAUAUCCUCGCCCAGCAAGCCCAGGGGUGGUGUCCAGACGGCAGGAACGACGGCACAUGCGAAUACGGCGCCCAAGAUGUCCCAUUCAUGCAGGCCGUGACGUCCACCCCAGGACUGAUGGCUUUGUUUUCCGGACAUGAUCACGGCGAUACUUGGUGUUACAAAUGGAAUGGAGUUCUCCCUGGAAUGACCGUGGAUGGAAACGGGCUCAACAUCUGCUUCGGCCAACACUCCGGCUACGGCGGAUACGGAACAUGGACGAGAGGGGCACGGCAAGUCUUGAUCACCGAAGAGAAGCUGCGGCACGGCGUGGUUGAUACCUGGAUCCGCCUCGAGACGGGCGACGUCGUGGGAUCGGUGGAGCUCAACAAGACCUACAACCACGACUACUACCCAGCAACCCCCGACACGCACACCAGCUGCCCCACCUGUAACUAUACCAUCGUCACGCCGAUGCCUGGCACGAAGCGACGCUGA